AUGACCAGGUCAUUCUUGGGCAAAUGUCUUCUCUAUGGUGUUGCGUUCCACCUAUGGACUUCCUUUGUUCUGGUUCGAUUCGACGACGAUACCCACGAUACAGAUGCUCCCCCGAAGCCAAGCCCAGAAACAACUGCACAUCCAAGCCACCGCCGAGUUGAUGAGUUAGUGGAGGAAGAGGAAGAAACAGAAUCCAAUUUAUUUGUCCCUCUCACUUGGUCCCGGUUACAAGAGGGCGAGCUUUAUGCCGCAUCAGACCCCGAAUGGAAGGAGUUUGUCCAAAUAUCAAAAGAUCAAAAGAAGCUGAAGCAGUUGAGAAGUAAGCAAACAAUUCGGUAUAUUAGCUCCAGUUUUUGGACAAAGUUAACGACCUUAGAUGACCUUGCCACGAUUGUUUUAAAAACUGUUUCCAGUCAGAUUUCUCCACAACUUGGAGGACCGCUUUCUCUGACCGGAUUUUGGCUUGUUCAUCAGUUCCCACAUCGUGCCCCUCCAGCGUAUCUGCGAUCAGGUAUUGCAAUCACCGAUGACGGCGUCUCUUGGGUAACCAAGCCCAUGGAUACAGAAGACGGCGAUCGGCUGCAAACCUUUAUGAAACCAGUCCACGUGGCUCUUGCUAUAAAAGAUGCUUACUUGGUGCUUAUAAAGAGGCAACUGGCUCGCCUUAGAGGAGAGACGCCACAUCCUCUGGAGUUGCUACGUCAGGUACAUACUUUGACAAAUGCUACCAGAAUUGACACGUUGAAACAGCAGCCAUCAUCGACUGAGGAACUUUCAUCAGAAAGUGUCUCUUCUACAAAGGACACAAAGCUUCAUCCGUCAACUAUUAUAUCAUCAUUGGGACGGCUCCCUUUGCCUGAUUUGGGUCCGGGAUCGGAUCUACAUCUCGCAUCACUAGUAUUCCGAUUAUCCCUGGCUAAACAUCGCGCAAGCGCUCCUCGAACCCCUCUACGGGGUAACUUUUUCAUUUCUGGUCCGGUAGGUGUGAAGGGCUCUAAUGGGUUCUGCAGAUAUGAAGUACGCGGUGAAUACGAUCCAGUCAAGUCCAGUUGGCGGACAAUCGAUAUUCAACUUCGAGAUGUGAAUUUUCGGCGUCAGCGGGCACUCGGUCAGACAAAUUCCAAUGUGGAAAAGCCGCAAGCUUAA